AUGUCGAUAAUAUCUGUACAGCCCAACCUUGGGAAAGGGGGACCGGGCCAGGUUCCAGCCAUGAAGAGGCGAGACCGCCUUCGCCGCCCUGCCCCGUCACAAGUAAUUCACUCUGGGGUCAUCUAUCACCAUCUUCAUGGGGCAUACAGCGCAUGCGGAAUCCUGGCGUGGUAUGCCGUCGUCUGGCGCCAUCUGGGUGCACGCGCACCAUAUCCGAUCACAUCUCAGGGUCUCGACCCAAGCUGGCGGUAA